AUGCAACCUAGAUCUGAUGCUUGGAAACAUUUUGAGAAGUAUGAUGAUCCUAGUGGAGCUAAAAGAGCAAAAUGUAAUUACUGUCAAAAAACUUAUGCUGCUGCUACGAAAGGUAAUGGUACUACAUCAAUGAACAAUCAUCUCACUAAGUGUCCCAAAAUGCCCCGUAGCAUGGAAAAUAGUCAAACACAAAUCAGUUUUCUACCAGCUUCAAAUGGGGCAAAUGAAGGGGUGCUUACCACUUGGAAAUUUGAUCAAGCACUUAGUAGGAGAGCUUUAGCUCAAAUGAUAAUUUUGGAUGAACUGCCAUUUAGUUUUGUUGAAAAGGAAGGAUUUAAGAAGUUUAUGGGAGUCACAAUGCCUCAAUUUCAAAUUCCUUCUCGUAGAACAUUGACAAGAGAUUGUUAUGAACUUUAUUGUGAACAAAGACAUAGUUUGAAGAAGUCCUUCAACGAAGCAUGUCCUAAAAUUUGUCUUACAACAGAUACUUGGACUUCUAUACAAAGAAUAAACUAUAUGUGUCUUACUGCUCACUUUAUUGACAGAGAUUGGAAAUUGCAUAAAAGGAUAAUAAACUUUUGUCCUAUCUCUAGUCAUAAGGGUGAUGAUAUGGCAUCGGUAAUUACUAAUUGUUUGCUUGAUUGGGGGUUGGAAAAUGUAUUUACUAUAACUGUAGAUAAUGCUAGUUCCAAUGAUGUCACAGUAAGAGAAGUGUCUAAACAAUUGACUACCUGGGGAACUAAUAUAAUGAAUGGUAAACACCUGCAUGUUAGAUGUAUGGCUCACAUACUUAAUCUCAUUGUACAAGAUGGGUUGAAAGAAAUUGGUGUUUCUAUCAAGAGAGUUAGACAAGCUGUGAGAUACAUUAGACAAUCUCCCGCUAGGAUUAGAAAGUUUAAAGAAUGUUGUGAAUCUCAAAAGUUAACUUCUAAGAGAUCAUUAUGCUUAGACGUUUCAACUCGAUGGAACUCUACAUACAUGAUGUUAGACACAAUCCAACAAUUUGAGCUUUCCUUUGACAAAUAUAAUUUCUUUGAUAUUGGAUUGUUGUAUCAUCAUAUGUAUGUGAAGAUGGAACUAGUGCAGGUGAUCUCAAAAGUGCUGACUGGGAUAAUGUGA